AACAUGGUAAAAUUUAUAUAAAGGCUUACCUCCAUGAACCCGGAAAACUAAGCGAUUCUUUUGAGAAGGAGAGAUGGAAGGGGAGAGCAAAGUAAAACUACACGGAAUGUGGGCUAGUACUUACUCCAAGAGAGUGGAACUGGCCCUCAAACUCAAAGGCAUACCUUAUGAGUACAUAGAAGAAGAUUUGAGAAACAAGAGCCAAUUGCUUCUCAAAUACAAUCCAGUGCACAAAAAGAUUCCUGUACUCGUCCACAAUGGAAAACCUAUAGCCGAGUCGUACAUCAUCCUAGAAUACAUUGACGAAACUUGGAAGAAUGCUCCUAAGCUGUUUCCUGAAGAUCCUUAUGAAAGAGCCAGAAUUCGAUUCUGGGCUAGCUUUAUCCAGCAACAGUUGUUUGAAAGCAUGAGCCGAAUAGUGACAAGUCAUGGAGAAGCACAAGAACAAGCAGUCAAGGAUGCGUUUGAGAAACUGCGAGUGUUUGAAGAAGGAAUGAAGGAGUAUCUUCCAGGAGGUGCUUCUUUCGCUAAUGGCGAAAAUUUGGGACUCCUAGACAUAUUGAUGGUUACAACAUUCGGCCCUCACAAAGCUCAUGAAGAAGUGUUUGGUAUCAAACUGAUGGACCCAGAGAGGUAUCCAUUACUGUUCUCAUGGAUCACAGCACUGAAUGAGCAUCCCUUGAUGAAAGAAAUACAGCCUCCUUAUGACAAGCUUGUCGAGCUCCUUCAACAUUUUAAACCAACAAAUCAAGCUACAGGGACUGAAUCACAUUAACCAGUCACAUUAUGUGGUACGUGGCAGUGGUUGCACACCUACCAAUAUUGAUCAGCUAGUCAUUGUGGCUAACUGGUUUAGCAGCAUGCUCUUUUCAUGGUUUUGUAGAAAAAUAAGCGUAAGGUCUGGCUAGUGCUAACCUUCUUGGGCCUUCACUGGUGCUAACCUUCUUGGACUUUCACCACCAGUGAAGGUCGCAGAAUCACUCUGAUUGCAAUAAUGCGUUAAGGGACAUUGUAUUAUAUUGUAUCUGUAUUCAUCAGAAAACCAAUUUCAUUCGCCUUA